AUGGACUUGAUUGCCAAAGGUACACGUAUCGUAACUCACUUCAAUCAUUCAGGUUUAGCAAAAGAAAAAUUACUGGCGCUUCAAAAAGAACUAUGUUUACCAGAGCAUCAAUUGGUGCAAGAUAUAAACACGAGGUGGAAUUCCACUUUCUAUAUGGUGGAACGCUUAUUGGAACAAAAACGUGUUAUCUCCCUUUAUGUGUCUAAAAACGACACACUUACUAAUCUAACAACUCGUCAGUGGUGUUUGAUGGAGCAGUGUGUACAACUUUUGAAGCCGUUUGAAGAAAUAACUAAAAUUACAAGUUCUGGCCUCUCCUGCAUAUCUGAAGUUAUACCGCAUGUAGCUGCAUUAAAAAAGUUCUUAGACAAGGACGAAACUGUACGACGAACAGCCGAUUUACUUAAUAUGAGAGCCUCCUUAAAAGCGCAAUUGGCAUCUCGUUUUAUUUCCUUAAGUGAAGAUCCAAAAUACCUUAUUGCAACUUUUCUGGAUCCCAGAUUUAAGGCUAACUUUUUGGGAAAAGUUGAAGCUGAAAGAGCUCGACAGACUAUUUUAUUGGAACACUUAAAAAUGACUUGCGACACGUCUUCCAUCAGUAGUUGUUCAUCGACGUCUUCAACUAGACCUAAACAGUUACGAUUAAAUAAAACUCAUUCAAAUGUAGCUCGUGAAUCUCACGAAACAUUUUGGGAUUGUUUUAAUGAAGUGGCAGAUGAAAACAACAUUCAGUCUCGCGAUCAUGAGAAGAACCCAAUUGCUACCGAGAUUGAAUUCUUCUUGAAGGAAGUUCGAAUUGAUCGCAGUCAGGAUCCUUACGCUUG